GUUUCAAGUAUUUUGAAACCUCAAAUAAGAAAGAGAAACCGAAGCUAUAGUAUUCAAAGCAGGGGACUUUGCUUUACUUCUUUGAUCAGUCAUUAACAAUGGCAGCUAAACUAGCCUCCCCAUCUGUUGUUGUUACUUCUCUCCCCCAAUUCAGUGGGCUAAGCAGAACCAAGAUACCAAGUGGCCGUGUCGAAAGCUUGGUAACAACUCAACCCAUCAGAAACAAGGGCAAAGGUGCUUUGGGUGCUCGUUGUGAUGGCUUCAUUGGAUCAUCCACAAAUUUGAUAAUGGUGACCACAACAAGCUUAAUGUUAUUUGCUGGAAGGUUUGGGUUGGCUCCAUCAGCAAAUAGGAAGUCAACUGCAGGGUUAAAGCUUGAGACAAGGGACUCUGGCCUACAGACAGGAGACCCAGCUGGUUUCACUCUUGCAGAUACCUUGGCAUGUGGGAGUGUAGGACAUAUUAUUGGUGUUGGUGUUGUCCUAGGUCUUAAGAGCAUUGGUUCCAUCCCUUAAUAUGUAAAUUGUCUUACUCUUAGUUAUUGUUUCUUUCCCAAGUUAAAGAGAAUCAAAAUUAUCUACUCAUUUAAGAUUUCAA